AACAGCUAAGGCACUUAAUGGUAGGGUAUGGUUGGUUCAUCAGCGGCAUGCAACUCCAUCACUUGAGCAAUCUCCAGACGCUGAAAGGAGUAAAGGCGGGCAGCUGGAUAGAAGAUGGGUUAGAGAAACUGACCAAUUUGAGAGAUUUGGAAAUAGAUGAAAUACAAGGAGAUGUCCAUAUGGCAUUAUCUCGUUCCAUUAGUAAAUUGGUCCACCUCAGAUCAUUGUUGCUAGAUGCACUUUAUCAAUCGUGGAUUCCAGCUUUUGAGUCCUUCUCAAAACAUGAGCAUCUAUAUAAAAUGGAAUUGAUUGGACGUUUAGAGAAAUUACCAGAGCCGCAUGCAUUCCCACCAAACCUCACUGAGCUAUUCUUAUAUGGGUCCAAAUUAGAUCGAGACCCGAUGGUAACACUGGAGAAGCUGCCCAACCUUCGGAGUCUCUGUAUCGACAGCAGUGUUAUUGGAGAAGACCCUUACAUGGGAAAGGAAAUGGUUUGCUCUGCUGGAGGGUUUCCACUGCUCGACACUCUGAAUAUUGUUGGAUUCCAUGAAUUAGAGGAGUGGAGAGUGGAGGAAGGAGCUAUGCGGAAUCUUAGGUGUUUGGCGAUUGAAGACUGCAAAAGAUUGAAGAUGCUUCCUGAUGGAUUGCGAUAUGUCAUCACCCUUCAAGAAUUGAAGUUGGAAGACAUGUCAGAAGAAAUGAAAGAAAGGGUGAGAGAAAAUGAGGGAGAGGACUGGUAUAAGAUCCGAGACAUACCCUCUCUUAUCAUCAAAUAAGACUUUUACGGAUCACAUCUGUUCUACCCUAUUUCUACCAAUUUCUACAAGGGCCAAUCAAGAAAGCUUGAUGAUCAAGACAGUUGCAUAGUGUAUUUGAAGAUUUUUAAAGAUAUCCAAAGAAGAUUUUAUGGUAAUACAGCUGGUGUCUUUCAAGCAGCACUCGUCAUCAUUAAGUGAGACUGGUCGAGCGAAAAGUGAACAAGCUGAAGCAGUUAUCGAGAUAGGUGGCAGGCUUAGAAGCAUGGAAGGCCAUUAGUGCUAAAAUGGUUGCAAUAAUCAUUAGAAUGUGAGAAGCAUCUAUAUGAUUGAUCUAAUGCUAUAGAUAAUGUAAGAAGUUAGUAGAAAAAAUUGUCUCAUACCAUGCAAUCAAACCAAAUCAAAUCAAUUUUAUCUUUUAAUUACUUUGUGCUCUUUAUAAUUACUAGUAUCAUUCUCAUAUGUUUA